AUGGCCGAUCUUGCCCCCAGCCAGCCCCCGACCCAGCAGUCCAUGCGCCGCGGAAUGGUCAAGCAGGUCUUGUCCGGUGACGCGGUUGUUAUUCAAGGAACCGCUACGCAAGGGCCCCCUCCCGAGGCCACCGUAUAUCUGUCGAGUGUGACCGCGCCCCGCCUCGGGAAGCGGCCGACCGACACCGUCUCCGGGACCCCCGACGAGCCCUACGCCUGGGAAGCCCGCGAAUGGUUGCGAAAAAAGAUUGUCGGUCAAGUGGUCACCUUCAUCAAGGACUACACUGCCUCAUCCGGUCGUGACCACGGGAAAAUCUUCCUUGGCGGCACAAAUGUGGACAACGCUGAAAACGUGACCAAGACCGGCGUCGCCGAGGGGUACCUUGAAGUCCGGCAAGGAAAGGUCAUGGACGAGUACUCCCAGGAGCUUUUGGCCCUGCAGGAGGAAGCAAAGUCAUCGAAAAUCGGCAGAUGGGACGAGAAUUUGAAGCCCAGAGAGGUGACCUGGACAAUCGACAACCCACGACAGCUCGUCGAGAAGUAUCAACAGAAGCCAGUAGAUGCAGUCAUUGAAAUGAUUCGUGACGGGUCAACAUUCCGCAUGAUGCUCCUUCCUUCAUUCGAGUACAUCACCCUGCAGCUUUCCGGAGUCAAGUCUCCUUCCACGCGCGCCCAAGACGGCAAGGCAGAGCCCUUCGCCGAAGAGGCCAAAUUUUUCGCUGAAAUCCGGCUGUUGCAGCGUGACGUCCAGGUUGUCCUCGAGUCGUCGUCGAACCAAAACCUCGUCGGCUCAGUGCUCCAUCCCAAGGGCAACAUUGCCGAGUCACUGCUGCGUGAAGGAUAUGCCAAAUGUGUCGACUGGUCAAUUGGGCUGUGCACGGGAGGAGCGGAGAAGCUUCGAGCCGCGGAGCGAGCUGCCAAGGAGAAGAAGCUCAGACUAUGGAGGGGCUAUGCGCCCAACGCCUCUUCGAGCCUCAGCGCGGAAAAGAAGCAUUUUACUGGCAAGGUCGUCGAGGUCGUGAUGAACGAUGCACUGAUCGUGCGCAAGGAUGAUGGUACCGAAAUUAAGGUCCACCUCUCCAGUGUGCGUCUGCCAAGGGAACAAGGAGAUGCUGAUGGAGCCAAGCCUACCGGACCAGUCAACCGCCAGUUCCGGCCGCUCUACGAUGUGCCCUUCAUGUUCCAGGCCCGCGAAUUCCUCCGGAGGAAAUUGAUCGGCAAGCCCGUCCAAGUCACCAUCGACUACAUUCAGCCCCGAUCCGAGCAGUUCCCAGAGAAGACUUGCUGCACAGUGAAACAGGGUGACCUGAAUGUUGCCGAAGCGCUGAUCACUCGUGGACUCUCCAAGGUCGUUCGCCAUCGAUCCGACGAUGAUAACCGCUCCUCUGCCUAUGAUGCGUUGCUAGCCGCCGAGGCCAACGCGGAAAAGGCAGCCAAAGGCCUGUUUUCACCAAAGGACAAGGACCGCAAAGACACACACCGCAUCCAAGAGCUCGCCGGAGACGCCGCCCGAUCCAAGCAAUUCCUUUCCUACCUGCAGCGAGGCGGCCGAAAUGAGGGUGUUGUCGAAUUCAUCGCCUCAGGAUCUCGGCUGCGCAUCUACGUACCAAAGGAGACCUGUCUGAUCACCUUCCUGCUCGGAGGCAUCAACUGUCCGAAAGGCGCUCGCCCUGGUGGCGCCGCCAGCGAAGGAGAACCCUACGCUGCCGAGGCUGCACAAUUCACAAGGAGCCUCAUCAUGCAACACGAGGUCGAAUUUGAUGUUGAGGGCAUCGACAAGAUGGGCAACUUCAUCGGGUACCUCUACGUCAAGCCCCAGGAAGGUGGACGUCCGCAAAACCUCAGCGAGCUGCUUGUUGAACAAGGAUUGGCCUCGGUCCACCAUUUCUCGGCCGAGAAGAGCGGUCACUACAACUCCCUCGUUUCUGCUGAAAUCCGGGCCAAGAACGCGAAACGGAAUAUCUGGGCCAAUUUCAAGGAAGAGCCCGAAGAUGAAGAGAAGCGUACGCAAAGUGAUGACAAGUCCGAGCGUGUUGUUUCUUACAAAAAGGUUGCCAUCACUGACGUCCAGCGUGGAAACUUCAAGUUCUCCGCUCAGCUGCUCGAUGAUGGGCCGAAGCUCGAGAAGCUGAUGGGAGAGCUGCGCGAACAUCUGAACUCGAACCCACCUCUGACCGGCUCUUACCAGCCACGAAGGGGAGAUCUUUGCGCCGCCAAGUUCUCGGCCGACAACCAAUGGUACCGUGCCAAGGUCGAGUCUUCCCGAGCUGGAAACGCUGAUAUCCUUUUCAUCGACUACGGUAAUCGGGAAUCUGUCCCGGCCAACAGCCUGGCGGCCCUUCCACGUGAAUUCUCCAACACCGGCGCUUUUGCCAAGGAAUAUGGUCUCGCUUUGGCGUCGAUUCCCAACGAUAAGGACUACGCUGUCACCUCGGACCAGGCUCUCGAGCAGGUGUUGUUCUCGAAGCCGACGGCCGAGCUGAACGUUGAGUACCGAGCAAACGGUGCCGAAUACGCCCAGGUGCUGAUCGAUAUUGAUGGGAAGCGUACGGAUGUCGGGCGUCUCCUCGUGGCCGAUGGUUUUGCGUUGGCAGACAAGCGACGCGAGUUCCGGUUGCAGCAGUUGGUCAAUGAUUACCAGGAAGCUGAACAAGAAGCUCGCAAGCGACGCCGCAACAUUUGGGAAUUCGGCGACUUCACUGGCAAUGACCUC